UUGAGCAUCUUCCAGACUUUAUGAAGAUAUGUUUUCUAGCUCUUUAUGGAACAACAAAUGAAAUCUGCAAUGGCGUUCAGAAAGACCAGAAUAGGAACAUCAUGACUCAUCUUAAGAAAGUGUGGACAGAUUUUUGUAAGGCAUUAUUGGUGGAGGCAAAGUGGUACAAUAGCGAAUACUCACCAUCUCUACAAGAGUAUCUACACAAUGCAUGGAUCUCAUCCUCAGGGUCCAUCCUUCUAGUUAAUGCGUAUUUUGCUCUAGCCCAUGGGAUGAGUGAUGAUGAAGUAGCUUACCUGGAGACCCAUCAGGAUCUUGUGUACUAUCCAUCCAUGAUCUUUCGACUUUGCAAUGAUUUGGGACCUUCAGCGGCAGAAUUGGAGAGGGGUGAUGCUCCAUCAUCAAUCCUAUGUUACAUGAAGGAAGCAAAAGUUUCAGAGGAGAUAGCUCGAGAGCACACAAAAGGCAUGAUAUUGGACUUAUGGAAGAAAAUGAAAGAAAAAUGCAUCUCCCACUCAGCUCAUUUGCCUCGUAUGUUUCUUAAUAUUACCUACAACAUUGCACGAGUGUCUCAUUUUGUGUACCUAUAUGGAGAUGGCGUUCGGGUUCAAGAUUGUGAAACUAAAAAUGAUGUUCUGUCUUUGCUAGUUCAACCUAUUUAACUUCAUCUUGAUUAAAC